CUCAGCUGACAGCCGAUCGGAAAUGUGUCGUUGAGUUACUGUUUAAAUUCAAACUUUUACAACAUGGGGAAUCUGAUGGCCACAGAGGACCAGUCUGAUGGGACUGAUAAAGACAAUCAAGGAGCUAGUUACCAUGGACUGCGGCGCAAUUCAGGCAAAGUGAAGGUUGACACAACGGGCUUGGUGAAAUUAUUUGAGAAACUUGAAUCCACAGCUACUGGAGAGGACAAAUCUGAUGACUCAACACAUUUGUCCAAAACUACGUUUGAGAAUGCAUUUGAGGGGCCUCUGGAGAGAUUCGGACAGCUACUAUUCUUACAGCUUGUCCAUGGACACACAGAAAAGGAGCGCCUCAGCCAGCACCAUUUUGUCAAGUCAGGGAAAGAAGUGCUUCGUUUGAAUGAAGAGUCAUUAAAAAAAUAUUAUUUUGCAUUGUUCUCAGCGAGUAAGGAUCACUUAACAAAAGCAGAAGCUCUUGAGAUGGUGAAGUGCUGCUAUACCUUAACUCUUACAGCCUCUAAAAUCCAACCUCCUACUGGUGAUGAGGACAUAGUGUUUGAAUCUCUGGUCAACAGUAUGUUUGGCAGUCAGAGCACCUUGACCUUGGAAGCUCUGUCUACCUGGAUGUCUUGGAACAGCCCUCACCUGUAUACUGGCACACACACCUGGCUGCUGUCUGUCCUUCAGGGGGCGAGGAUGCCUUCAGAACUGGACAUUGCAGAUGUGCCUCACCUGGACUGUAUUAAGCAAGGAACUCAGCUGAUUACCAUGCCUAUGUGUGGACCAUCUCUACAUCGCUUCCUGCAUGUUACCUGCAACAGGAAGAUCAAACCCCCACCCCUAGCUCCAUACAGCAGGAAGAUCAACCCCCCACCCCCAGCUCCUGUAAGCACCUGGCUGAACACCUACCUCCUGGUCUGGUAUUCACAUAACACCACAGUACAGCAGGAAGAUCAAACCCCCACCCCUAGCUCCAGUAACCACCUGGUGAACACCUACCUUUUUGGUCUCAUAUCAGGUAUUCACAUAACACCACAGUACAGCAGGAAGAUCAAACCCCCACCCCCAGCUCCUGUAAGCACCUGGUAUUCACAUAACACCACAGUACAGCAGGAAAAAUCAAACCCCCACCCCAGCUCCUGUAACCACCUGCUGAACACCUACCUCCUGGUCUCCUAUCAGGUAUUUACAUCACACCACAGUACAGCAGAAAAAUCAAAACCCCCACCCCAGCUCCUGUACCACCUGCUGAACACCUACCUCCUGGUCUCCUAUCAGGUAUUCACAUCACACCACAGUACAGCAGGAAGAUCAAACCUCCACCCUAGCUCCAAUAACCACCUGCUUGAAUACCUACCUCCUGGUCUCCUAUCAGGUAUUCACAUAACACCACAGUACAGCAGGAAGAUCAAACCCCCACCCCUAGCUCCAGUAACCACCUGGUAUUCACAUCACACCACAGUACAGCAGGAAGAUCAAACCCCCACCCCUAGCUCCAAUAACCAACCACCUGCUGAACACCUACCUCCUGGUCUCCUAUCAGGUAUUCACAUAACACCACAGUACAGCAGGAAGAUCAAACCCCCACCCCUAGCUCCAGUAACCACCUGGUAUUCACAUAACACCACAGUACAGCAGGAAGAUCAAACCCCCACCCCUAGCUCCAGUAACCACCUGCUGAACCCCUGCCUUCUGGUCUGUACAGCAGGAAGAUCAAACCCCACCCCUAGCUCCUGUAACCACCUGCUGAACACCUACCUCCUGGUCUCCUAUCAGGCUCAUUUGUCUCAGUUUCAAAGCUGGAGUCUGUUGUACAGUAGCAAUGAUCAUGGCCUGUCCGCCAACAGGUUUUCAUAUCACGUGACCUCAUACCAUGGUCCAUCUGUGAUGCUGAUUGCGUUUGAAGGGAAUCAUGUUUACUGUGUGGCCUCGGACACAGAGUGGAGGGAGGAUGGCUCUGUGUUUGGAGGUGCAGAUUGUCAGCUUAUUCAGGUGUCCCCUUCGUAUAGGGUGAUCCAAGUGGGUGCAGGGCUGUUCCUGUGGAAUGAGAAAUCACGAGACAAACGGCGAGGUAUCCAGAUUGGCAAAGACAGCAAGACUCCGCCGAUCUUCAUCCCACGGGAUUUUGACACCGUACAACACUACGGGGUCGACUGCAGGCUACACAGUAUUGAGGUGUGGAGUGUGGGAAACCAAGCUACUAAGCUGGCUCAGAUGAAACAAAAACAGUGGGAAAAGAAGGAAGUGGAGAAAUCAAGGCAACAGAAGCUUCGUUUGGAUCCGAACUGGGAAGAGAAUCCGGACAAAGCCAUUUUAGAAUGGGGAGGGAUACAUACCAGCCAUGCAAGGAGAUAACCAACCAAAUCAUGCAUCUUAAGGUGUGAAUGCAAGCAGAACAAUUUUAGAAUGGGAAGGAAUUCAUACCAACCAUGUUCAAAAAUAGCCAACAGAUCAACUGUAUUGUGAAGCAGUCUUGCUACCUGUAAGUGGCAUUUAAAUUUUAAUAAGAGGUGUCCGUAACAGGAACAAGACCAUUUUUUUGCGUGGAUGACUUACGAUGUUUCUAUGUUGAUACCACAUGUAACAUCACUGAUGGAUAACAACUUCUUUGUAUUGUAUUUUAAGUAAGAUUUCCAUGCAUAUUUGUCAGAAACUGGCAUGUAGCAGUUAAAAAAAACUUAGACUAGGGAGGAACACAUUUCAGAAAUACUUAGAAAUGUAGUCGUCCAGCUUCAGCCAAGAAAGACAACUCUUUGCUAACCAAUGUAACCAAAGAGACACCUUGUUGUCAUGGUUACUAUCUUAUCAGGACAAUCAACUCCUACAUGAUGAUCCGCAUCACACCUGUGCAUGUUAUCAGGAAGAUUGAUUUAGUAUGAUUAACAAAUUCACGUGGAGAGUUCACAUCUAAGCAUCUAGUCC